AUGGCGAUUCCAAUCAACGAAGACCCUUAUCAUCACGCUCCAAUUAUAUGGCCUAGUAGGGGUGAGCUUGCUUAAGACUUUAGACUUUACAUCUACAAACCCCAUUAUUAUAUAUCAAUGUUUUACUUUCAGAAGAUCUAGACCAACCUCCGCCACCAACUUACCGACCUCGCAGUCUUGAUGAUAUUAUUGUUAAGACAAAAUUCUCAAAACGCGAAAUUCAGAUGAUAUAUCGCUCCUUCAAGCAGGUAACCAUGGAGUCAAGAUUCUUGGCUGGGAAUAUUUGUAUUUUUUUGGGAGGGAGUUUCAAUCUCCCACGAAUAAUUAAAGCAGUAAAUUAGCCCAUUGAAAGAAAACUAUUUUUACAUUUUUUAGCUUUGUCCUUCCGGUAUCAUAACCAAAUCUACAUUUCAAGAAAUAUAUGCUCAAUUCUUUCCACACGGUAACACUAAGCGAUAUUCCGAGCUGGUCUUCAGAACAUUGGAUCGAGACACCAAUGGCCACAUUACUUUUGAAGUAAGAGAUGAUCCCGUUUCUUAAAGUUCUUUAGGAAUUUGUUAUGGGUUUAUCAGCGAUGACACGGGGAUCGACCGAAGAGAAAUUAGGAUGGGUCUUCUCUUUGUACGACAUCCACCAACGGGGAAUGAUAGGGCAACAGGAACUCUCUUUGGUCACAUUGUCUAUGUAUGAUCUGCUUAGCAAACAGAUCCAUUCUACACCCAAAAGGGAGGAUAUUCAUGCACAUGCACAACAUGCAUUCGAGGUAACAAUUAAUUUUUAUUUUUAAACUUCCACUUUUUUAGAACCGGUGUAAGGGUUAUAAAUUGUAUAGUUUUAAAUACAAAAUAUUAAUCAAGACGGAACACUUUCAUUAAUUAAUAUUAAUUAAGAAACUUCAGAGGCUGACCGGGAAUGGAAGUAAACCAUUUAUUUCCCGAAGCGAAUUCGUGGAGGCAUGCCUUCAAGACGAAGAUCUCCGUUGUUCGAUCGAAUUAUUCGACACCAAAUUGUAAAACUAUAUUAUAAAUAAAGUUGUUCUAGCCCAGGAUCGAACGUCUUUCUGAUUUGGGAGGAGUGGGGGUGGGAAUGGAUAGCAUGUCCAGCUGUUCGUCAAAAAAACCCCCGGAGAAAGAAGGACGGCCUCACCAGGAAGAAGCUUAAGUGCGCGUUUGAGCAACCGAAGCCCCAAAGUGGUGGCCGAAAGAGGGCUUCGACCUAUAGUUCAUUCCAUUUCCCAGACAUAGAAAUUGGGACUGUGAAGAGAGGGGACCUGCUUAUCACACCAAACGAGUUUAAGGAGCAGCUCGAAGGACCACAGUAA